GCUUGAAUGCUUCGAUCGACCGAUCGUUUUAGUUGGCGCAGAAUCAAAUGGCAGGUUGGCAACACAAGCUAUGUUUAGGGCGGGGAGCCUAAAAUCAAGGCGCGACCAUGGCGCGGAGCCACCGAAACAAAGGAAAGGCCAUGUCCAACCUGUGUCUACCUCCACUCGCCUUUCUUAUAUAAAGCAGACGCCGGUAAGGAGGCAGAACCAUCAACCUGUGCAUUCUCCCAGCCUUGGUGCCUCCUUUCCCACAGAUCGCCCUCCACACCUCCGAGCAAAUAAAUCGUCGAGGGCGGUCGAAGAGAAACGAGCACAACACAUAAUACCAUGGAGCGGUUCAUCGGCGCCUCCCUCGGCCUCCUCCUCCUCCUCGCCUCCGCGGCCGCCGUCGAGGGCCGCAUGGGCCCUGCCGCCGUCUUCCACAACAGCGUGCCCACGAACCACGUGCUGACCGGCGGCGGCGAGCUACCAAGGAUAUGCGACCAGGUGCGCUUCAAGGCGAUAUGCCGGGGCUUCACGAAGCUCCCCGGCGUGGCGACGCCCCGGCAGCUGCUGCUGGCGUCGAUCCGCGUGGCGUCGGACAAGGCGAGGGAGGCCAAGCUCCGGGUGGAGGAGUACGCGAGGACGCACGCGGCCGGCCCCAUGAAGUCUAUCACCGACACCUGCCGCGAAGGGUACGACAGCGUGGUGCAGUCGCUGGAGGAGACGCGGCAGCUGGUCGAGGCCAGGGGCACAGACUCGGGCGACCUCAACUUCAAGGUGUCGGACGCCGUCACGCACGCCGACGAGUGCAAGGACGCCUUCGCGGACUUCCCGGAGAUCAAGUCGCCCUUCGCCGCCAUGCAGCAGAACGUCUUCCGCAUCGUCGACAACGUCCUCAACAUCGCCGCCGUCGUGCAGCAGGGCAAGGCACACCGGGCGAAACCGCUCGGCCCGCACGUGCACUGAUGAGCGAGUGAGCCGGACUAGCCGGCCGGGGCUAAAAGAGAGGGCGAGGGUGGUGGUGGUGGUGGUGGUGCCCCGAUGUUCCGCACCGGAACAACAAAGGCUUGAGAAAAAAAAACGUACUACUACGUAGUAGUUGUAAUGUAACUUGAUGAGGUUACUAACACGGAAUUACAGGUUGAGCUCGUAUCAUA